AUGCAUGCAGUGAGUACGUCGACGUCCAACACGGCAAAUGACGCCACGGGAGCCUCUCACAGACGUCUGUCGGAGCAUUCUCUGGCUUUCAACUCUCGAAAUGCUUACGAUGAUGGCGAUACUAGCAGCCUGCCAGUGUCUCCAACGACAGACAGCACUCGUCCAGACAGUCCGCUAUCGCCAGACGCAGCCUUCGUCGUAUCGCCGGGCACUUCCUUCGCCGGCAACGCUGAUGUUUCCAAUACGCGAAAUCGAGCGGACGGUGCAGAGGAAGCCACCGGCUCCGCUGCAGCAGCAGAGGAAGACGAUGAAGAAGAGUUCCCUCUGGUGCUCAAGUUUCUCCUACACUCCUUGCGUGUGCUUGCCGCGGUGCCUGGCUGCAUCGGUACGUUCUGGCUUGCACGCAACGCGUGGCUCCUAGCCUCCCAACACGGCCACCUGCUCAGCCCCGGAAAUAUGCUGGUUGCAGCAAACGGUACAAGUCGUUCCUGGAGCUCGAUUCUGUCGGAGAGGCCGUCGCACUUGGACGCCUAUCGCUUCGGUCGCCGACAACCGGGCUCGCUCGAGUUCGCCGUCGCAUGCCUCUGGAGCAUGAGCACUGCCUACCACGCUCUCUCGUUUACCACCCUGCUUUUGCGACGCUGGCUUCUGUACUACUCCAUCCUGCCGUCACUCAUUCGCCUUGUAGCUCUACAGGCCAUCUGCUGGCCACUGGUGCGCAUCACCAUCCACGUUUUUGGUGCAGAUCAGCCUCUGGGUGCAUGGGUAGUCAUUGGUACCACCACGGCACUCAGCGAUGUCGUCUCACGUUGGGUGACGAGCAACAUCGCCGAUGCGCCACUCGACGACGAGCUGGAUGAAGAGGAGGAGGAGCAACAAGACGCGGAGAACGAGGCGCUCGGCUACUUGUCCGAUAGCCGCUUUGUCAAGAGUCCCAUCCGGCCCAAUGCUGCCGAGCGCCUGUUGCAUGCCGAUCAGCAUCCAUGGUCCGCAGCGGGGGGUCAGUCGCUCGUGGGCGACUCGGACUGGGAUCCACGCUCGGGCGACGAGAGCGAUGCGGCUGCAGCUAGUUUCUUUGCGUCCGAACGCGAGCGACAGCGUCGGCAGCGUCGAGGUGGACAAGGAACGAGGUUCUGGCGUGCCGUCAUUGGAGGUCCGUCAUUCGCGGCUUCGUCUCGGCGUCGGAAAACGAGCAAUCGGUCGUCGUCUGCGGCAGCAGCAGCGGAAACCGGUGCGUCGCGAGGCGAGCAAUCGCGUGCGUUGGGGGCUGCCACGGAGACAGAGAUGGAAGGUGAGUCGGAUUGGCCCGGCUACACGACGGAUGGUACGGUGCUCGGCGGUGGUCGGAGGGGCGACACGCCUCCUUGGCGGGCUGGAGGUGCUUGGAACCAGGAGCAGGGUCUGCGGAGACGGCUGGGCGCAGUUCCAGCACAUGUGUCCUCGCCGGCCUCGGCCACUUCGCCAUCGAAGGUGGGGGUGUUCGGACGUCGACCCGUGCUGCUGCCUUCCAAGGCUUCGUCGUACCGACAGGGCCACACGCGGUUUGUUUAUAAGCACGGCGCUUGGACGCGAGAACGCACGAGUAGCAGACGCAACUUCCACUGGGAAGUGGCUGUUUGGAGAAAUGUGGUGCCUAUUGCUGUGCUGUCGUACUUCAGCAUGUGGACCCUCAUUAUUGAUGCGAUGCGUCUAGGAGAUUAG